CCCGCCCGCUCCCGCCCGCUCCGCGCCGGCCUGCGGGGCCCCAGCGCUACGCGAGCACGGGGAUCCAGUGCGGCCUGCGGGCAGCGCCGGCCGCCAUGGCCGCGGAGGUGAAGACCAAGCUGUCCAAGAACCUCCUGCGCAUGAAGUUCAUGCAAAGGGGUUUGGAUUCACAAACUAAGAAACAACUGGAAGAGGAAGAAAAGAAGAUAAUUAGUGAAGAACACUGGUAUCUGGAUUUACCAGAUCUAAAGGAGAAAGAGAGCUAUAUAAUAGAAGAGAGGAGCUUUAUGCCAUGUGAGGAUCUACUUUAUGGCAGAAUGUCCUUCAAAGGAUUCAAUCCAGAAAUUGAGAAGUUAAUGAUCCAAAUGAACUCCAAGUGUAAGGAAAAGGAAAUUGAAGUGGAUGAUAAAAUGGAGGCCGAUGUGUCAGAUGAAGAAAUGGCCAGAAGAUAUGAAACAUUAGUGGGAACAAUAGGGAAGAAGUUCAUGAGAAAAAGAGACCAGCGUGUACUCCAGGAUGAAGAUGGAGGUGAAGAUGGGAGUAGUAACAUAAGACCUAGCAAAAAAGCUAAGAAAAAGUUCUUAAAGCCUCAGGAUUAAUGUCAGUGGCACAACUAGACCUAGCAGAAAUGUUACCUACCAAAUACAGUGUCGUGGACUGCAGAAGGAAGUUUUUUCCCAUUUAAUGUAACGGAGAGAUUUGUAACUCUGAGCCUGUUCUCAGUGAAAUUUCUACCAUCCAAGUGACAAAUGUAUUUCCACGUGGAUGUGUGUAAUGGAUGUCAUACAUCCUUUCCUCUCAACAGCUUUUCAUGUGUGGGGCACUAAUCUCAUCAGUCUGUUUAAAUGUGCAUAACUAGAUGAUGUGUCACAGGCAAUCAAGAGCAACAAUAUUUACAAUUUAUGAGAACAUCUGGAAGGACUAUUUGGAAUUAAGAUGAGCUUUGUCCAAUCCAGUAAGGCAGUUCAGCUUGCACUGGUUUGUUAUUUAUAAAAAUGGCAACCUUUGUUGUCCUCAAAUUAAACAAAAAAAGGCAGAAACAUUUGGGGUUGUUUGUUUUCUUUUUACUGUGCAAAAAAAUAAGAUGGGAAAAGAACAGAGAGAUAAAAUCCAUUUUGUUGAAUUUUGGUUUUUUAUAAAGCUUAUUUGAAAACAGUGUUUUGUAAUAAAACUUUCUUUUUAUGGAGCAAGUCAAAUAUGGGGCAGCAUUUACAGUUUGACACUUGUGCAGAUUGUGAAUCUUCUGUCUUGCAGAAGAAGAUGGCUAAUCUUGCUUCUUUGUCAGCAAAAAUAAUUCAGUCUUGUAUAAAAGCGUAAUAAUGGCUUCAGAAACAUAUUCAAAGGCAGAAUAGAAACUGAUUCUUUUGUGGUUAAUUGCUGUGGUUAAGCUGAUUUAAUGUAAAAAAAACAUGCUUGAUACAAUCUGAUAAAAGAAGUGAUCCUAUUCUUUGCAGGCCACAGAUAUUCCCAGAUAUUAGCUGGCUGCACAAAAAUGUUAGGAGUUGGAAGGCACCUCAAAAAAUCAUCCAGUCUAACCCCCCUGCCAGAGCAGGAUCACCUAGAGUAGGUCACACAGGAAAGCAUCCAGGUGCUGUGAAUGUCUUCAUAGAAACAGACUCCACGACCUGUUUAGGCAGCCUGUUCCAGUGUUGUCACCCUUGCAGUGAAAAAGAUUUUCCUUAUGUUUAGCAGGCACCAAAGUCAUCUGAAGCAACAGUAGGAUGGAAACAUCUUGCUCUUUGGACAGUCAAUGCUCUGAGCCCAUUGAAAAACUUGAAUGGGGCCUCAUCUAAAGUCAUAGCAGUCCUCUGUACCCUGCCUUUCGGAAGGAAACAUCUCUUUCUAUUACUUCAUUUCCCCAGCUGGAUGUUUUAAGUUACUCUUCCUUAAUGCUGACUCUCUGGAGAAAGGAAUUUGUUAAACUGAAGCAAGUGGUGGCCAUUCUGUCAUGGGCAUCAGGCUUUUUUUUAGCUACUCGGUGAAGCAAGUCAUGAAACUCAAUUAUAUAGAGACUGUCUGCUCUGUUUUGUGUGUGAUCUAUGAACUGUACUCUAUAUAUCAAGAGCACCUCAUUAGAUAUUCAAGAUGGAUCACACAUGGAGAAAGAAACAGACUUUUAACCUAGAACAGGGACCUCAUACAGGUGGAAAAUCUGUGAUUCAUGAUCCGAGAUAGUUUUUCAGAGCUAAUUAAAUGCUACUGGUUCAAUUACUUAAAACCUGAUCAUAUAUUAUUGCUAGCUGAAAAGAAGUUAAUGAUGGCAAGACAUUUUUCUUCCCAUGGAAGAUAUGACCUGAGCUAAGAAAUGAUUUAUUGUUGGUCUUCACAAGAAAAACUCAGAAUAUAUCCCAUUAUUCUUUCUUGCUUAUUAGUAGAGAGGAAUCAUUUUCCUAUCUGAACAGCGUUCUUCAAUGGAGAGAGGAUUUCUGCAUAGCUAUGCUGGGCAGUAGAGAGGAGAAUGUUUUCUAGUGAACCACCAGGAACCAGGAGAUGUCACUAACUGCAUGCCCUGAGAGACUAGUUUGGAGAAGAUUCCAGCAGUGUCAUGUAAAGGAGCUUUUGAGUAAUUCUGGCAGUGAUCAGUGGCUUGGAUGAACUGUGUGAAGUGUUCCUUUGCCAGACAUCUAUGUAGAAACCUCUCUUUCUUUGCAGAGCUCUGUUCAGUCCAAUGGAGGAUAAUUUUGCAUAGUUAAAGGGUCUUGUUCUUAGCUGCAUGUCAUUUCCUGGGGCAUGGCUGGGAGCGCAACAUGCUGCAUGGGUAAGAGCAGGAGUAAGGUCUAACCAUCUUCCCCAAAAAUUCAUGGGGUUGAAAUUUGGGAGGGGGGAUGGGUUAUUCUGUUUCCUAAAUAAGCUGAACACCAGCUGUGGAAAAAUGGUAGAAAUGGAGUCAUUGUCUUGACAUCCAGGUACUCUGUAGUUCACAUUUGGCUGGUGGCUAGGUGAGCAAGACCAGUUAGUAACUUUUAGCACAAGUUCUUAUUCUUGGGGAGUUUGUAAAGGGCAAUAAUGUGAGCAAGGCAAAACUGAAAGCCCUCUGUGAUAUUUUUUUUUUACAUGCACUUUAGAUGCCUGGAGUUACAAGCUGAUGUUUUAUGAUGAGAGCUUCUGAAAUACCUGCCUGUAUGUCCAACCUUAUAUACAUAUAUGUAUGUAUUUUAAGUCUGGAUGCUACUCCCUAGCCAGGGUGGAAACCUUCUGCUGUAUAAAAUCUAUGCUUGAGCUACUCUUGACAGAGAUGUAAGUGUAAUGGUAAAAUAUAUAAUGUGAGGCUGCAUUAAUUCAGGCUUUCUUGACUCUGACACAGUCUCAAAUGCAAAUGGAUUUUCAUGUGCAUCUUGCUGAGCUGUAGAACUUGCCCACGUGGUCGUGUUUCUAAAUGAAAAGUAUCUCUUCCCUAAGAACAAAAGCAAGUUGGGAUAAGUUGUAAUAAGCAUUUUUGUUAAAGAAAAUGGCUGAUUGCAAAAUGUAAUUGGUAAAGAGUUACCAGACACCAGAUGUGUGCUUCUUGCACUAAGAUACCUAUUAAAGUGAACAAAGCAAA